UGAUCGAUCGGAUAGACGGCGAGAGACGAGGGGAAGCGGAAAGAAGAACAGAGAGAGCCACUUCGUCCCCGCGAACCCUAACCCCCACCUCGAUCCCUAAGUCGAUCCUCCAAAGCAUCCAUUGGAAUCAGUCUUCUCCUUCUCGGUCCUUGCCUUUUUGCUUGUUUCGCGUGGGUUUUAGGAGCGGGAAGGGGGUUUUAGGUGGAGAGAUCGAGGAUGCCGAUAGACGCGGCGUUGUUGGACGAUAUCAUACGGCGGCUUCUGCUGUCCAAGGGCUCCCGGCCGGCCAAGUAUGCGCAGCUAACGGAUAAGGAGAUCCGGCAGCUGUGCAUUGCGUCGAAGGAGAUCUUUCUCAGACAGCCCAAUCUGCUGGAGCUCGAAGCCCCCAUCAAGAUCUGCGGAGAUAUUCAUGGUCAGUAUCCUGAUCUUCUUCGGCUUUUCGAGUGUGGAGGAUACCCCCCACAGGCAAAUUAUUUGUUCCUUGGGGACUACGUUGAUCGUGGCAAGCAGAGCAUAGAAACCAUAUGCCUGCUCCUGGCAUACAAGAUCAAGUACCCAGAGAGCUUCUUCCUUCUCAGGGGUAACCAUGAAUGUGCUUCCAUUAGUCGCAUAUAUGGCUUUUAUGAUGAGUGCAAGAGGAGAUACUAUGUUCAUCUAUGGAGAGUCUUUACUGAUUGUUUCAACUGCCUCCCGGCUGCUGCACUUAUCGAGGACAAGAUACUCUGCAUGCAUGGGGGUCUAUCUCCUCAAUUGAAGAACUUGAACCAGAUACGAAACAUUGCACGGCCGGUGGAUGUUCCAGACACUGGUCUCCUCUGUGAUCUGCUAUGGUCGGACCCUGACGAAAACAUCCAGGGCUGGGGAGAAAAUGAUAGAGGUAUCUCUUACACAUUUGGGCCAGACGUGGUAGCUCAGUUUCUUCAGAAGCUUGAUAUAGACCUCAUCUGCCGUGCCCAUGAGGUCGUGCAAGAUGGAUAUAAAUUCUUUGCGAGACAGCAGCUGGUGACACUGUUCUCUGCUCCAAACUAUUGCGGGAAAUUUGAUAAUGUCGGUGCUAUAAUGAAUGUGGAUGGAAAUCUGACAUGUUCGUUUCAGAUUCUACAGCCAACUGAAAAGAUGGGAUUGUGGAAUAAGUUAUCACGAUCUGGAACGUCUCCUGGAAAGGUUUGGAAAGAUUGAACUUAUUUGAAAUGGGUUGAAUAGCUGGGAGGUGCAGUCGUAGGACGACAUAAAGCUGACAAUUCUCCAACUUUGCCAGAGUGCCAAAUCUAUAAAAGUAAUUCACAAAGUUAUACCUUCCCCUCUUCUGUACCGGUGAUCCAUAGGGUAUGACGUUCGAGGGUCACUUGUAUUUCCACUAUUUCAUAUGCUUUGAAGUUUAUAGUCUGAUACUGUAUGUAUGUGGUCAUAUUUCUAUUUCGGGCCUGAUUCCAACCGCUUCCACUGAGAUGGAUGCUAUUUACGUGAAUCAUUUUCGCU